AUGGGACUCAGAGCUUCGAUGCAGGAGCCUACAAUGCCAGCUCCGACAAGUGCAGGUGGUUGGACUCGACAGCCGUUGACUUCCUCUGAAGCCAGUGUGUGGAUGCGUGAGUUGUUGCAGCCUUGGUCACCCGAGAACCUCAGGGACAUAGCAACUCACUCGUCAAAGGCGACAGUGCUUUCCUGGAUGUCGAAGUCAAACGUGGAUAUCUCACUUCGAAGACUGGCUGGUUACCACAUUGCCCCUGGUGACAAGAGUGCUUUGGAGUAUUCAAGGGAUGCUGCUGCCCCAGUGCUUAGACAGAUCGAAGCCAUUUUCAUCGCAGUGAGAGCCAACUUGUUUCGACCUGAUUUGCCAAGAUCUCAGAGGUGGUUAGAAGUUCAGACCUUAGAAGACGCUGUGAAGCUUGCUGCAUUGAAACCUUACAGACACGGUCUUUCCAGUGAUUGUCAUUCUUCUUUCGAUGCAACCAUGUCAGAUUUGCAUGUGAACAGUUCCAUGCCAGAAGAUGCUCAGAGUCUUGAAAGGGACAUGGAGACGUGGCCUGAGUUUGGCGACGACACAACGUUGUUGGAGCUUAAGAAACAUUCCUUGAAUUCCUUUCAUUCUGAUCCUGCGCAUGACAUGGUUGCAAGUGACAUUAGUGAUGAUGUCAGUUCUCGUGAGUCCUCUUCUGAUUCCGACAGUGCUUCAGAAGACUUGGAGCGUCGUGCAUUGCUGGACGGCGAGAGGAACGCGGUGGAUCUUGUUGCACCCUCAGAUCUCGCAAACAAAGAAUGCUUUAAACACAAGAGGUCUCAGAAAUUGCAUCUGGUUGGAAGGACUUCUUUCGGAAACAAAUUUUUCAAGUGUGGACGCAAGUGCAAUGAAAAUUAUGAAGGACUCAGCACAGUCCCCGCAUUUGCAGCGCACGGUUGCAUGACAUGUUUUGGUUGGAGCCAGAAACCAGCCAGUGACUCCAGCAUUUCGGACGAUGACUUUGACAGCAAGGUUUCAGUGCCAGUCCUUGGAAGUUCAGCUCACCCUGAAGCUGCGCUUCUCAGGCGCCUUUUGUUUGAGAGUUACACCUUGACCGCAACGGAGUUGAAGAGGAAAGCAGACAACAAUGAAUCAGAUGGACCGAAGAAGCUUCCUGUCCAAGAGAUAGCAACACGCUUCGAAGCCUUGGAGAAGAAACUUUGCCCCUUGAAGAUCGAGAGCGUUUUGGAGCCAAGCCAUUCCCUCAUCAACAGCCUGGCCCAAUGUGUUGAUGACGGUCGUCUUCGUUUCAUUGAGUGGUCGAAGUGCACCAGCCGUACAAUGGAGCUCAACAACAUCAAAGAGACCAGCAGCUUGAAGGUUUGGAAAGCUGACUCUGCUGGAGUCAUUAAGCAGUCAGAGCCAGAGAGCCUUCUGCGUUGUGAAACUGGAACGGACUUGGAAGUCCUGAAUGCCCUGAAAAGACAGGGCAUAGCGUUUGAGCUGGCGAAGCUUAUGAGUUUUGAGAAGCACGAGGCCAUCGUCAACCUUCUCUUCAGUGAACUGCAGAGAGAGCCGCUGGAGGGCUUCAGGCGCCCAACAAUGGCUCAGCUAGCGGAAGCUGACCGGGAAAUCCAUGUGAAGCUCUCAGAAAAGACAAGGUCAGGACUGCCUUUGGGCCCGCAAGGGGAGCUGCCCUUGGAUCAAUAUGUUCAACAAGUUUUGGAGAUGCCCGCAGUCAUGUGGCUGCUUAUGCCAAAGCCCAAGUCAGCCUUGGCCGAAAGACCAUCUGGUGCUGGUCCAAAGCCGGCUCCAAAGAAGCCUGCUGCCCCGGAUGACAAGAAGUUUCCUCCGAGGAACAAGACCAAGGGCAAGCGUGCCAAAACACCAAUGCCAGCACAGUUGCGGGGAGGGACCCCGAUCGACAAUGAGAACCGUUGCUUCUCAGCCAGCCACAACUUCCUGAACCACGACAAGGCGAGUUGA